ACAACCAAUGAGGAAAAUCAAGAAGACCGGAAGUUGCGUAUCUUCCACUGCCGCAGCUGGGAAAUCAACGUGCUAAAGUUGGGAUUCUUAAGUGCUGGGCAGUCAUGUGGCCUAUAGUGUGGACCGCAAUGCGGACCUAUGCUCCUUAUGUCACCUUUCCUGUUGCCUUUGUAGUCGGAGCCGUGGGCUACCACCUGGAGUGGUUCAUCAGAGGGACCCCAAAACAUCGGGGGGAAGAGGAGAAGAGCGUCUUAGAGCUCAGGGAAGAAAGGAAGCUUCAGGAACAAGUCGGUAUGGACAGCACAAAGGUGCUUAGCCUCAAAGAGAAACUUGAAUUUACACCUAAAGCAGCUCUGGACAGGAACCGACCUGAAAAGAGCUAACCUUUGCUGGGGUAAAGACUCGCGUUUGCCCUUUUCUGUUGUACUGGGAGAAAAAUGGGUGAGGCACAGGGCAAAAACACAAUGUCCCAAUCCAACUCAGCCAUGUUUUUCCUCACUUGUGGCCAUCAAACAUCUUCAGCUGGACUCUGUUAUGUCAGACACUUUCGAUAACAAUGGGGAUGUAGUAAGACGGCAAAUAUACCAUGUACAUGCUGUAUGGGAAUCUCUGGCCUUUCGUUUGAUGUCGCACAUGCCCGUUUGUGCACUGAUCGAUAAUUAAAGCAAGUUACUCUAAAUAAAACACCUUAAACCAUAUAAGUUUUGGGUGUUCUGGCUUUAAACUGACGACAAGUUGUGACUCUGUUAUCCAUUUGUUGUCCAGCUUGAGGAAAAGAGGGACAAUUGUCCACUUUAUUUAGCCACUUCCAUAAUUUAUUGUGACUUUGUUUCUUAAUCACAAAAAUGUCAGGUCUUACAUACAAAUGAUUUUCAUGUUGCAGGGCUGUCUCACACUGGUCUUUCUCCUUUAAUCUUUUCUUUCUAUUGGAGACUGAAUAUCUGAUUGUGAACAUAAAAGUGGAGGACGAACGAUGGGGCUUUGUUGUAACCUUUUGAUUGUAUAUGUGACUUAACAAGCCAGCAGUGUGGGAGGUCUCUCAGGAAGUUUAAGCUGCUUAGUCCAUUUAUACAAUACUUUCAUUUUAGCUCUCUGGAUUGUGCAACCCAACGUUUUUUAUGUGUGUGUAAUUGACGGAGGUGAUUGAUAAAAUAAAUUUCUUAACUUUUCCUUAA